UUAGUAGUAUAGUAGUAAUGGAAUUGGUAGUUGUAUUAUGAAAUUCUCCCAAACUCUUUGACUUCCUACCAAGUCUAAAUUGUUUGGACUUUCUUCUUAUUCCCCAUAAUUUUUGAAAACAUGGAAUUUGGAGCAAAACUACAGAAGAAGAAUAAAGCCCUCGAUGUCUUUAAGAAUUUCAAGGGCCGACAUGCUGGUCUCAUUAAGGCUCUCACCACUGAUGUGGAAGAAUUUUUUAAGCAGUGUGAUCCUGAAAAGGAGAACUUGUGCUUGUAUGGACUCCCAAAUGAGCGAUGGGUGGUCAAUCUGCCUGCUGAAGAUUCACCACCAGGACUUCCAGAGCCUGUUCUUGGUAUUAACUUUGCUAGAGACGGAAUGCAACUUAAGGAAUGGCUUUCUUUUGUUGCCUAUCACAGUGAUGCUUGGUUGCUUGCUGUUGCCUUCUAUGCUGGUGCUAGAUUUGGAUUGGGUAAAGCCGACAGGAAAAAGCUCUUUGACAUGAUAAAUGAUUUGCCUACAAUACAUGAAGUAGUGACUGGUGUUCCAAAGACGCAACAAAAAGAAAAAUCUACUGUCUCUAAUCAAAGUAAAAACAAAUCCAAGCCAAACGCCAGUAAGGCGUCGGAGUCUCAGGUUAAGUUUAGAAAGCUGCAGCAUAAAUAUGAAGAAGAUGAUGAUGAUGAUGAUGAAGGAGAAGAAGAUGAAGAAGACGAGGAGGAAUGGGGUAUUGAGAAGGAUGUUGAAGAGGAGCAAGGUGAGACACUGUGCGGCUUAUGUGGAGGGAAGUAUGCAGAGGAUGAAUUUUGGAUAUGUUGUGAUCAUUGUGAAACGUGGUUCCACGGCCAGUGCGUGAAGAUCACCCCUGCCAUGGCAGAGUACAUUAAGCAAUACAAGUGCCCGCCUUGCAGCAGCAAAAGAUCCCGGACCCCGUGUACAGAAUACUGAUCAACAAGAGUUCUCUUGCUGCUAGGUCCAGCUGACUGUUUUAGUUAAGCUAUUCAUGAUCUUUUGCAAAAAUGCCUGAAGUUCAGCCAGCCAUAUGAAACUUCAAACAUUUUAUCUGACUAACUUCAGUCACCAUAUGUCUGAAAUUGUCCCGAAGUGAGUAGAUGUGCCUAAACUUUAUAAAUUUAGGGCGUAACUUAAACAGUGACACCGGAAUCAGGUAUAUGUGUACUCCCCCACCCCAUCCAAUUUAAAACUUAAAUUCAUUUUUUAAAAACUAUUUAAAGACUAAAGAUGUGCUUGUUUAUCCCA